AUGGUGUUCUCGCUCUCACAGGUGCCGCUGGUGUUUCGAACCACGGAGGUGCUCGGGGGGGGGACGGUGGUCCACGAUGAUGACGAAGGGGCAGAGGAUACCGCGACUAAGGGUGCAACCCGCGAUGAGGCUCACCGCACUGUUGCGAGUGAGGGGGAGGAGUCGAGCGAGGAGGAAGCGGAGGCUCACGUGGUCGCAGCCGCGGCAGUCAGCAGGCCCACUACAUCUGGCAAGAGCAUCAAGCACCUCGCGCAGCAAUUGGCCCCCGGUGCUGGAAGCGCGGGCCCGAGUGGUGAGGUCGCGGGCAAGAGUCCCGUGACAGGUGAAUGUGAUCACGCGUCCCUGUCCGCGUUGCCAUCGCAUAAGCUUGCUGCCGAGAUCCUGCAGCUUGAUUGCAGGCUUGCAGCACAGGCGGAAGAGAUCGCACGGCUGACAAAACGCCAGGAGUCAGGGGUUGGUGGGGUCGCGGUCGUGGGCUCCGAGGAGCUUGAGUCCGCGCUUGGUAAUGCGGUUCGGGUGUUGGAGAAGGAGGCGAGGGCGAUCGCGCAGGAAAGAGCGGCCCUGGUCGAUACGCGUAACCAAGAGGCGUUGGUGCUGGGGCGAGUAGACGCGAGGUUGGGACAGCUGCAGGGGGUGGUGGCAGACUCCUUGGAAACCGCUCAGAAGAAGUUGACGGACGAGGUUGCGCGGAAGAUCGACAACAUGUCGACCGCGGUCGCCGCGACAGCAGAGCGUGCAAGCACCACAAGCGGGGUCACGAACGCGCUGCACACGCUCAUCGCGCUCGUUGGAGGAAUCACGCCUCCGCGCACGGAUACUGAAGAACCAGCCGUGACUGAGAAUGCCGAGUCCGGGGAUGCAGAGCAUGGAAAGCGGGCGGCGAGUGCGAAAGCUGAGAAUCAGAGGGGGCCGAAGAGGCAACGAGGUCCUCUGGCAGCGGCCGCGGUGCGCAACCCGAGCGUGCAGGACUUGCUGAAGCAGAAGUGGGGAGCUGCAUCGCGGGGUGCAGAACAGCCUGCUCAACCGGGUUCGAGCUCGCGCUCCAUCCCACCUGGAGAAGCUGCACCCAAACCAUCGGUCCCUGCCGGGCCAACCAUUACAAUGACGGCUACCGUGGGUAAGGGCAAGGGUAAGGCGGAGGAUGGGGAGGGGCCUGCUACUGCGGGUUCGCUGGCUGCGAGGCGUGAGGUCCAGCCCACGACGGCUGCAGCAGCGGAAGGCAAGCAGACCGCGCUCGCACCCCCUCAUGCUACCGCAGGACAUCAAGGGCGCAGCGCGAUCGCAUCUGCAGGUGCGAGCGCUGCCGCGGUCGAGGUCAAGACGGAGAAACGCGGCAGGGGUGGCAAGAAGUUGCCCCCUACACCCGUGUACACGAUCGACGAGGACAAUGCGGACGAGGAGCUGGAGGGUCUUAUGAGCAGGUGGGUCGUGGAGGCGGGCGACGGAGGAGAGCAGGGUGGGGAGGCCACGGUCGAGGUUCAUAGCGACGGGGAGAGCGCGGACGAGCAAGACGGAGACCCCGUGAAGCGUUGGCUCGGACACGGCGAUCGCCAAGACCUGCAGUACAAGACCGCGAUCGCGAUGCUGCCCUACGACAGGAAGGUAGACCCCGGGCUGAACCUGAGCAAGAAGCAGCUCCGAGACUGGGCCGCGGACCUGUCCAUCGCCGAGGGGUUACAUACGGGCCUCUUAAUCACCAUGCACUACCACAAUCUCGUGGCAAGCAAGGACAGGUGGCAACGCAUGUUCGAAUCCUAUCGCGGGCUAACCAAGCCUGGAAUGCACACCACCAACGAGAUUGCAUGGGCCGCGGUGCCAGGCAAGGAGGCUGCAACAGAAGAAGUGGAUCUCGGCGAUGUGGAGCCGACAGACCACGCGGGAGCGAUCGCGUGCGCCAUUGCAAUGGUGUGGGAGGUUACUCGCGGUUCUAACGUCACUGCCGCAGCGGAUAAUGGACAUUUGGCCGCGCGAGCUGCUGGUUGCUAUGGGGAGCGAAGCCGACUCUUCCCCGUAGUUUCCGCGUUCGUCAUCAAUGCGGUGCGGAAGCGCAAUGCCCGCGAACAUCUGCAGGCUGAGGACGACGAGCCACAGGUUGUCGCGGACCCGAAGGUGGUCGCUGCCGAGAUAGUGUCUGGAGUCGUGAACGAGGUCAUUGCCAAGUCUCGCGAUCUCAGGCACAUUGAGUUGGCCGCCCGCGAAACGGUGGACGUUAUCAUCACCUGGUGCGACUACUCAGUGGCAGGGAAGUAG